AUGGAUCAAACGCGAGGUCUUACUGGUGUCGUUGACACUUCUCCCGAGCAAUCAAACCUUCUAUCCUCCGCAGCUGAAGAAACGACCGACCUGCGUAGUCUUGCACUUCGAGCACAAGAACUCUCAGUCACCCUUGACCAACUUCGUCAGCAAUGUGGACAUGAGAGCACUUCGUCAGAUAUCGCCAAUGUCAUUGGAGAACUGAAGCUCCUCGCUGCAGAGCUCCACAGCCUCGAUUCUGCAGUGACGGCCAACAAGGAAUUGUAUACCAAGGCCUUUCGCGAGGACCUGGGUGAGAUUCGUGCUCACCUUGGGGGUAUCUUCGAAGACAUCGCCGAUUGCUGCACGGAGAUGCAAAAGGUUGAUGGUCCAAAGACCAGUGCCGUGGGCUGGCUGACCAAAAAGAGAUACGUUCGCAAGCUACAGAGACACCUCGAAGCCAACAAGACCACUUUGGUGGUCAUGCGCACCGUCCUACACCAUGGCAAGGAAUAUGGCACUCACAACUCGCCUGGUCGCCUCGCCGAGUCCUCCCCACACACCUUACAAGAAGACCUGGCCAUCCUCGAAACUGUCUUUGCCAGCCGGAGCGCGAUCGGGGAUCUUCAGAAUCUUGCCAAAAAGACUCAUGAACACUCGUCUUCGACUUCCUCGUCCGGAACCUACGAUACCAGCCCAUCCUUCCAGCCAGGCGCUCAUGGCCGAAACCUUUCCUCAGCGACUGGUGUCGAGAUUCCGGUCAUGGAAGACGUCCUUCCAGUCAGUACUGCGGAGGACAAGAGAAAGAAAUCAGAUGCAUUAGCACGGAGGUUCUCUCGCCGCGGAGUCCGCCUGGCCGUUCACAGCUCAAUCAUGGACACCAAUGCUCACGACGUCCCUAUCUCGCUCCGGAAGAAAUGGAUUCACCAAGCCCAACUUCGACAUGCUCCUGACCACCAGAUGGAGACCAGCAGCGCAUCUAUUGCACAGCUUAGCAAGAUCUCCGAAGUCAACUCAAGCUCUGGGCCCGAUGACGAGCCGGACCGUUCAGGCCUCUCCACACCAGAGCAUAUGGAAGGGAGAGAAUCGGACAAUACUGCUAGUGCCGCUUCAUCAACGUCAGGUCGGCUCUAUCCCCCUCGGAGAAGCCUUACGCUGGUGAACUCUCCUUUGGGUAGAAGACUCGGGAAUGUCAUUGCUCGACUUUCUCGCAGCGGCACCGAUCAACACGACACAGCUGAUGGAGAUGGGGAAGGAACAAAAGCGCAAGAAGAUCAGCCCCAGCCCGAAAAUAGAAUGCAAGUGGGCAAGGAACAGGAAGAGGAAGCGAAGGGGGUCAAGAAGGAGAUGUCUGCAAAGGAGAAGCCGGGAUGGUCCUACCGUUUGACCAGGCCGUUUGUGAAAUCGGAGUUGACGACCCCUGAUUUCGAGAGAGGCUUUUGA